AUGCUCAUCAACCUCACCACCAUCGUCGCCCUCCUGGCUUCUGCCUCUGCAGUCAUCGCUGCCCCCGCCCCCGCCCACGCAGACUCUGACAUUGCUGCCCGAGACACCCAGUCCACUUGGCUCACCAUGCACAACAACUACCGCGCCCAGCACGGCGCCAAGGCUUUGACUUGGAACAGCACCCUCGCCAGCUAUGCCCAGACAUACGCCAACAAGUGUGUCUUCAACCACAGUGGCGGCAAGUACGGCGAGAACCUCGCUGCUGGUGUCGGCUAUGAUGACGCUGCUCUCUUCAAGCAAUGGACCGACGAGUCAUCCUCUUACAGCUCUUCCAACCCCACUGCCUCCCACUUUACCCAGGUCGUGUGGAAGAGCAGCACCCAGCUCGGUUGUUACAAGGCGUCUUGCGCGGAUGGCACCAUCUUUACUGGUUAUGGAAAGUCUGACUAUGUCGUCUGCGAGUACAGCCCCGCUGGAAACGUCAUCGGCCAGUUCGCUGCCAACGUUCAGAAGUAA